CUUUCAAGUCCUUCUAAAGUCUUUUCGUUUGCAAAAUGCCCUCCGUUUUGAAGACACGAACUCUUGCAGCCCCUCUUACCAAGCAAUUACAAUGUGGAAGACUGUUAUUCGCUGCAUAUCUUCACAGCAAAGCGGACACGGAAGGAGAUAACAUCCAAUUAUUCAAUAACACUUACUCUCGAGACGCCAUGACUAACAUCACUCCAAGCAUUUUGUCCAAAGUCGGACGAAACCUGCACCUUUGUAAAAAUCACCCACUAAGCAUUUUAAGAGAACGAAUCCAGGAACAUGUUUAUGCGGACUACAGAACUCGCUGGGGCGGCCCCAUGUUUACAAUGGUGGAUAAUUUGUCUCCAGUUGUCACGGUGGAACAGAACUUUGAUAGUUUGCUUGUUCCAAAAGAUCACGUUAGUCGAACGAAGAAUGAUAACUACUACAUAAACGCUGAGCACUUGCUUCGCGCUCACACCUCAGCGCAUCAAAGAGACUUGAUUAAAACUGGACUGGAUGCUUUUCUUGUUACGGGUGAUGUUUACAGGCGGGAUGAAAUCGACAUGUGUCAUUACCCUGUGUUUCAUCAGAUGGAAGGUGUCAGGUUGUUUUCACAGCACGAGCUGUUUUCACAAUAUGAGGAGCCAUUGGAAAUGUUUGAUCAAAGCAGAAGCAAAACCCCUGAGAAACAAGCUGCACACACACUGGAGGCAGUAAAGCUUGUUGAGUUCAGUCUCAAGCAAACACUGGUGAAGAUUGUUGAACACCUGUGUGGAGAGGGAGUGGAAAUGCGCUGGGUUGAUGCAUACUUUCCCUUCACCCAUCCUUCCUGGGAAUUAGAAGUUAAUUUUGAAGGUGAAUGGUUGGAGCUGCUUGGGUGUGGCGUGAUGGCACAGGAGAUACUUGUAAAUGGUGGAGCUGAACACAAGAUAGGCUGGGCAUUUGGUAUUGGACUUGAGCGUUUGGCCAUGAGGCUUUUUAACAUCCCUGAUAUUCGGCUGUUUUGGAGUGAUGAUCCAAGAUUCCUUUCUCAGUUUGAGGGAAACAAAGUUGUUGAGUUCAAGCUGUUCAGCAAGUACCCACCUACUUACAAGGAUGUGGCGUUUUGGAUUCCUGAAAACUUCUCUCCAAAUAACCUGUUUGAUGUGGUUCGUGGGGUGGCCGGUGACAUAGUGGAAAAGGUGGAGUUGGUGGACACAUUCUGUCAUCCCAAGACUCAGAGAGAGAGUCACUGCUAUAGGAUAACUUACAGGUCCAUGGAUAAGACUUUUACUGACAUUGAAAUUAAUAGUAUUCAGGAUGAGGUCAGGGAAGAAAUUCAGAAGAGAUUAUUGGUAGAACUUAGGUAGAUUACUCCAUCUAUGUCAUUUUGAAAUAGAUGCUUGAUCAAGCUGUGGUGUGAUUUGAAGAAAUUGCACUGGUUUUGCUUUUUUAAGCUCUAUGAUUGGUCCUAAAAAUGUGUGCCAGCCACUGAACCAAUCAGAUGCUAAACUUGUCAUUUUCCAGUGCUUGAGGCAGGUUAGGUGCAACUAAUUGAGUUCUCAUUGGCUCCCUGAGAUUCUUUUUUUUUGUUCUGAUUGGCUUUUAUGUUUACAUUGCCCUGGAUUUAAAUUUAAGAAACUUAAAAAUUGUACAGUGUUCUAAAACAUCUGCAUUCAAAUUUUGUUCCCUCAUAUAAGUGGGUCACAUUGAACCAAAGAAAUUGUUACUUGUGAAAUAGGCUUUAAAUUUUAUUUCCCACUAAGAAGACAACGUAAACAAGUAUUAGUAGAUUUUGAGUACACUUUUUCCCCUAACAAAUUGUGUUUUGGCUCCAGUUGUUCAAAGGUUGGAUAAGGCUAUGCACUGAAUAAAUUUUAUCUGGUGAAUAGUGCAGUAUAUUUUGCCAUCACUUAUCUACUGGAUAGUGAUUUAUCCAUUGGAUAAUGUUAUCAGACCUUCAUACAGUUGGGCCUUGAAGUUUAGAGCCUGUUAAUUUAAGAAAUCCCGAGGAAAACACACUUUGUAUAGUUUCAGAUACAGCUAAUUCCUUAUUGAGUUUGAAUAACAUUCAUAAAUCGUUUGAAAGUAAACCUCUGACGAUACUUAA